AUGGCGACCAGCUCGAGGCUGGCCGACCCAACUCGACCCAUACCGGUAGAGCGCAUCAAGCUAUACAAGGACUUUCUCACCCCUCAAUUGCACCGCAGAUUCUGCUCGGCCGCCGCACUCACACUCGCAUUCUGCCUAGUCGACUCCUUCAUUCUCUCAAAUUCAGGCUCAUACAUCUGGUCAUGGUUCCCGAUUGGGCCAGCAGGCCUGCGAGCGCUGCUUCUCUUCAUACCGUGCCUCGCCAUAUUUAUUGUGCGCAUGGCCAAUAUACACAUCGGCGACCGCACCAGCGUGAGCGGAGUAGAAACAUUACUCAAGCACACCAGCUUGUGGAAGACAUUAUACACUGGAGCAUGGUAUGCUUUUAGUGCAUGGUUCUUCGGUGAAGUGUACAUCUGGUCGCGGAGUAGCAGCGCCGAGCUGGCCAUGGUGGAUCCAGGCGCAGCUUAUGAGCGACCGCGAGUCAACGAGAAUCCCGUUUUCCUGCGCUGCAUGUUCCUCGUGCUUGCCGUCAGCCAGACACUUCUGCAUCUCAUGCGCGACUACGAUCGGGUCCGAAUUGCCGAGCAAAACGUCGAGGCGGAUCGUAAGAAUGCCGUCUUCAAGGCUAUCGGCCUCGCUCCUGAUGCAUUCGACAAUAGCAAAUGGAUCCCGCGAGCAUUCAUUCGCUUGCUCGAGCAGAAUGGCACGAUUCUGACCAGAUCUUGUAAUCUGACCGUAACCACCAUGUUUCUGGUCAACAACUUGGUCUAUUGGCUAGUCCUGCGCCGCUUUGCCUGGAAGAUGAAUUACUUCUUCGCGAGAGUCUUCUUUUCCGACCUGACGCCUGACGCUCCCCCGACUGGCAUACUCCAUGUUGGCAGAUUGGCAUGGCAGACGUUCACUGCCUCACUGAUGCUGUCGCUUUUGUGGGAGCUUUCCAAUCAGACAUUUGACAUAUUCGUCUCACAGCCACCAGUGAAGAAGGAGCAGCCACUCACAAAUGAGGUCAAGGACGCGAGAGGCAUUGUGCUUCACAGGAGCAAGGAUCCGAAUGGCAGUCUCAUCACUGGUCUGAAUAGCAAGAAAGACUUGACCAAGACCUUUGCAUUUUGGGAGCUAUAUCUCAUCUGCACGCAAUACGAGCAGCGGAGGCAGACCAUAUAUACCGAAGUCGAUCGCCGAGAUGAGAGCACGUGGUCGCAUGUCUGCAAGCUAUGCUUGAAAGAGAUCAAGGACGUUCAAGAGCGAGUCAAGACAGCGAUUGAGCCUGUGAAGUUCAAGACCAAGCAGGAUGAGGAGAAAGAGCGGAAGCAGCAAUCACAGCACUUUAUCGGCUUGGCUAAGGAGGACAACGGACUGAAGAAGAUUGCCGAUAGCAAGGUUAUCGAGGAUGGUGAUGUGUUUGCGAGACGGAAACCAGACCUAUUCAACACCCUAGGUAACAUGGCGAAAUCGGUUGGCCAGUCACCAGGAGCUCAGAGCUUCGGGUCGGUUGGCGGCAGAAAGGCGAUUGAGUGGGGCGCGGAGAAGGUGCCAGCAGAAUAUCGCCAACGCUUGAGACCUGAGGAGAUCGAGCGACAGGCCACUGGUAUCAUGGCUGAUGCGCUCAAGUCCACCGCUGGCGAGCCAUUCAGGCAGACUUUUGCGCGGAGAGUGAUUGCCACUGUGUUUGGAUCCCCAUAUAGCAAGAUUUCGAACAUAUCGCAUGCCACAAAGUCACUCACACGGCUUGUGGUUCGAUCAAUCGCAGAAGAUCAGUAUGGGCAAACACAGAAGGAUAUUGCGAGCAUUGUCCGUACAUAUACCGAGGUCAUUGUGGCCGUUGAGAAGUAUGUCAAGGAACUGAAGCCGCACUGGACUGACGUCGAAUUCAUGGAGGGCAAGAGCAGGAGAGUCAAGGAGGUGGACGAGCUUCUGUUGGUGCUUAAGGAGGGCCUGGCAGAGAUCAUGCUCACAUUUGGGGAAUACGUCGAUGUACUUGGUUUGACUAAGAAGGAAGUUCGAGAGGCAAAGAAUGCCAGUGCACGGCCCAGCGCUGAGACCGAGCGCCAAGAGAUGUUGCAGGUAGGAUAG